CCCCCCCGCGCCGUUCCAUUUCCGCCCUCCGCUGAUCCUCGUCGACAUGACGCCCCCGCCGACCUGGCCCACCGACGGCCGGCGGCGCGCCGCCUCGCCGUCCCGCCCGCAGCCCACCGCCGGACUUCCCUUCCAUCACGGUUUCUAGGUCCGGGGAAGAGAGCAGUCCCCGGAACCCAAACCCCGAAACCCCUGACCCGGCGGCGCCGCUCUGCAUGGGCUCCUACUCCGGCGUCGGCGGCUCAAUCCAUUGCUAGUUAAUUGUUGUAACACGAAUCGAGUAAGUUGGAUUUUGCUAUGGCAGCCGAGGAAGAUGUCAAGCAGAGGCAAAUCAUUGAAAACCGUGCAAGAAAUAUAAGCCACAAUGUUCGUUGUACUGAGUGUGGUAGCCAAUCGAUUGAAGAUUCACAAGCUGAUGUCGCUAUUCUCCUUAGAAAGCUCAUUCGUGAUGAAAUAAAAGCAGGAAAGAGUGAUAAAGAGAUCUACAAGAAACUAGAGGAUGAGUAUGGAGAGACGGUUUUAUAUGCCCCUAAGUUUGAUCUUCAGACUGCUGGGAUAUGGCUUUCACCUGUCAUUGUGGGUGGUAUAGCAGCUGGCAUCUGGGCUUACCAAAAGCACAGGCAAAGGACAAAUGUUCACAUUAUGGCUCUGAACCUUGUCCGAGGGGUUCCGCUGACUCCAAGGGAGAAGGAGACCAUGCUUGAAAUCCUCACACCACCACCGCCUCCGAGGAAGUGGUGGUGGCCAGGCCAAUGAUGUAGUGUUCAUGUGUUUAUCCUGCAGUAUAGAGUAUGUUUCCCAUGUUGCAAAUAUUUACCUCAGAGUUUGGAUGCAUAUUGGAUAUAUGUGAUACUUUGAUCAUGAAUUUUUGUUGAAACAAACAGUUGCAACAUGUACUCCAUGGAACUAGCAGUAUUUGCUGCAUUUACUGAAGGCAUGCAUUUCUGGCA